AUGGUCGCUUUCUCGAACUUAGCCCUCGCGGCCCUCGCGGGCUUUGCUGCCGCCCACCCUGGCGAGAAGCACGACCCGCAGCAGAUGAAGCGUGAGCUCGUUGCGCGUGACUACGCUGCUCAAGUCGGAGCUCGAUCCUUGGCUUCCUGCUCGAAUUCAGCUUCUGCUCAAGCCUUGAAGUCGCGAUCUAUCAAGCGUCGUGCUAACGCUGUCAAGAACAUCCGACAGAAGCGUGGUAUCCAGGCUCCCGCCAGGAAGGAUAAGCGCGCUCUCGAAGACCUGCAAGCCUGGGAGAAAGUCAACCAUAACAUGACGGGAACCUACGAUUACAACAUGUUCACCUCCCUUGAAGACGUCUUCAGCGGUAACACAAGCUGUAUCUUGGCCCCCGAGAUCACCGACGGCCCGUACUACGUCGUCGGCGAGAAGAUGCGAUCGAACGUCAAGGAGUCAAAGUGGUGCGAUGGUGUCGACGUGUUCUUGGAGGUUCAGUACAUCGAUGUUAACACCUGCGACCCUAUCCCCGCCGUCGCAGUCGAUAUCUGGAACUGCAAUGCCACCGGAGUCUACAGUGGUAUCUCGACUAGUGGAAACUACGCCGAUGGCGGCUAUAACUCUACUUACCUUCGUGGUAUUCAAUUGACGGAUUCCGAUGGUGUUGCCAGCUUUGAGACUAUUUUCCCUGGUCACUAUAGUGGGCGUGCUGUUCACACUCAUCUGUUGGCUCACACCAAUGCUAAGGUGAUGCCCAACGGUACCAUUUCCGUGUGGAAUGCACCGGUCAGCCACAUCGGACAACUCUUCUGGCCCGAGGACCUACGCGCCGAAGUCGAGACGACUUACCCAUACACGACCAACACAGUGGAAUUAACCACCAACGACGAGGACAUGUGGUCUGUCCUCCAAGCCGACGCAUCGUUCGAUCCCUUCCCACAAUAUGUAUACCUCGGUGACAGCAUCGAGGACGGUCUAUUCGCUUGGAUCCAGAUCGGCAUCAACGGCUCUGCUGACUACACCGAAGACGAGUACUAUGGAAUAGCUGCAUACCUCGAUGCUGAGGGCGGCCACUCCACUGGCUCGAGCGUCGGAGGUGGCACUCCUGGUGGCAAUGGAACUGGUCCGGGAAAUGGCACAGAGCCCAGUGGAUUCCCCAGCGGUUCUUUCAGUGGCGCUCUUCCUUCUUCUACCAGCGCGUAA